AUGUUCAGAGGUGCUGGAAAUGAGGAGGAUUCGCCAGAGGAGAAUGAGAGGGAGCAGCAGAUGAAGAAGGAAAAUGCUGGAAACUGCAGAAAACAAAUAACAGCAAGUAUUUAUACUGUUGGAAUUAAUCCAAAAGAGGAAAGAAACCUUAGGGAUGUGGACAGAGAAAAACGGAAAAGAGAAGUAGGUGGCUUUUUGUACAGUAGUUUGAACUUUGCUGACCCAGAAAGAAGAAAGAAAUCUCUUGUGGGUUCACCCUUUGACACUGGAGUUGAUGGUCCCGGAAGGGCUGAAGAUGGGUGGAGACACCACCAAGAUACUGAUAGCUUAGUAUUAAAAGACACUCCAGCAGAGAAAACCGAUUCAGCAAGUCAUUUUGCCAACGGUAUCUUUGGUGGUAUUGAAUUGGAUGGCACUGCUUCAAAUCAAAAUGACAUUGGUAGGGGUCCAUAUGCCCAAAGUGGAUUUGAUGUGAAUGCAUCGCCUUUUGGUUUUGGUCUUGGUGGUGGAAAGAAGGGUGAAUUUGUAUUUGGUCUUGGAGAUAACACCAACCUAAGACAUAGGGCUGGAUUUAGUAGCAGUGUCUCUGGAAAUUUGGGAUUUGGUUUGAGGGCAUCUGAUCAAAAGGGAUUGGACAUUGGUAGAGCUGACUGGAAUGAAAUGAGCAACAGAGGAUCUGCUGGGGUGGAAACGUCCUCAUCAUUUGAUUUGAGACAUGGACAUAGAAAAUAUGAAGCUAAAUCUGAUUUUGUAGAAUCUGGCUCAAAUCGAUUUGAUGACAUUGGUCUUAGUGAAAAUGUAAUAAAAGGUGACUCAAAUGCAAGAAAUGGGGAUGAAUAUUCUGGUGGUAUCUCUGAAGACUCAGGAUUCAAUUUGGGGUCAUCUGAUCAGCAGGGAUUUGGAAUAAGUGGAAUUGGUAGGAAUGGAGAGAGUAGCAGUGGAAUCGUGGGGGCUGGAUACUUGAGUCCUGAAUCUGAUGUCAGUGCCACAGGAGAAAUCACUUGGUCUUCUGGUUCUGGAAGUGGUGGAGGAAGGAAGGGUGCAGCUGGACUUGAUGUUGGUACUUCUGGACCAAACGAAUUUGGUGAAACUGGCCUUAGUGGUACAGGUGAAGCUUCUACCUGGGGCAAAGGAGCAUAUAAAGCUUUCAAUGGCCGCAUCUUUUCCUUUGAGUCUUCCUGCACAUACACUUUCUGCCGUCAUUGUGUUGAAUCUGGAGGAGAUUUUAAUAUUGAGAUCAAACGAAACAAUAAUAGUGACAUUGAAAAAGUAAUAGUUAAAAUCGACAGUAAUGAUGUCACUAUUUUUGGUGACAUCAUUCUAGUUAACGAAGAAAGUGUACAGAUACCAUAUAACAAUAAAUUGAUACACAUUAAAAAAUAUGGAGAACAUAAUGUCCUGAAUAGCCGUAGAGGAAUCAUGUCUUUAAUGUGGGACAAAAAUAACAAACUCUCACUUACUCUUCACAAGCAGUAUCCAACUUGUGGUCUCUGUGGUGACUUCAACAGCACACCAGGAGACGAUGUCAAUGAACACAUUGCUAAUAGUAAAAUUCCUGGCGAUUGUCCCAAAGCUGUUAGUAAAAGCUAUGAUUUUUGUGAAGAUGGCGUGCAGCACUGUGACAAAAUUAUUGGAACUUACUUCGAGAAAUGUAGAAAGGUCACCACAUUAUCCAGUGACUACAGAAUGAUCUGUAUUGAUGAGUACUGUCAAAACAGAGACAAAAAUUCUACGUGUGACACUUAUGCAGAACUGUCCCGCCUCUGUGCCUCAGAUGGCCCUGGUACCUAUAUAUCCUGGCGAGAUGAUUCUGAUGUGGUUUGUGAAAAACCUAGAUGCCCAGAAAAACAUAUCUACAAAGAAUGUGGUCCCUCAAACCCUGCAACUUGUUCUAAUGUGGCUCCUUUUCAAGACAGUGAAUGCGUGAGUGGCUGCACCUGCCCAGAAGGUUAUCUAUUGGAUGAUAUUGGAGAAAAAGGGAGAUGCAUAUUAAAGGCUAAAUGUCCCUGUGAAUCAAAUGGAAAGAUCUAUCAGCCAGGAGAAGUCCGAGAAGGUCCUUGUGGUUCUCAGUGCACAUGCCAAGAAGCAAAGUGGUCUUGCACUGAAGCAUUAUGUCCUGGAAGAUGUAAGGUGGAAGGAAGUUCAGUCACCACCUUUGAUGGUGUUAAAUACAACCAUCCUGGAAACUGUCACUUCUUGGCCAUCCACGAUAAAGAUUGGUCUAUCAGCGUUGAACUUCAUCCCUGUCCAAGUGGUCAGUCAGGAACGUGCUUAAAUAGUGUUACACUCCUCUUGAAUUCGUCUGUUUCAGUUGACAAAUAUAUAUUCAACAGAGAUGGAACAGUCACAAAUGAUAAGAUUAGAGAUCAAGGUCAUUACUAUUCAGACAAAAUGCAGAUCUUCAAAGCAUCUUCCUCAUACCUUCAAGUAGAAACAAACUUUCACGUAAAAAUGCAGAUACAGAUUGUUCCUGUGAUGCAAUUAUACGUUUCCAUGCCACCCAACCAAUUCACAGACACUGUAGGACUCUGUGGUUCCUAUAACAACAGAGCAGAGGAUGAUUUCAUGUCAAGUCAGAAUAUAUUGGAGAAAACAUCUCAGGCAUUUGCUGAUUCUUGGGAAAUGAUGCCCUGUCCUAAAGGAAACCCCACUUCGUGUAUCAGUAUAGAAAAAGAAAAAUAUGCUGAAAAGCACUGUGGAAUUCUUCUUGAUUCAAGUGGGCCUUUUGCUUCCUGCCAUGCAAUUGUCAACCCUAAACCAUAUCAUGAGGAAUGCAAAAAAUACACUUGCACUUGUGAAAGCAGUGAAGAUUGUUUGUGCACGAUUUUAGGCAACUAUGUGAAAGCGUGUGCUGAGAAACAAACAUACAUAGUGGAAUGGAGAAAUGGACUAUGUGAUCACUCUUGUCCAAGUGGCCUGAUUUUCAAGUACAGUGUAAAAGCCUGCAAUAGUUCUUGUCGAUCAUUGUCAGAGAGAGAUAGGAGCUGUGAUGUAGAAGAUGUUCCAGUUGAUGGAUGCGCUUGCCCUGAUGGAAUGUACCAGAAUAAUGAAGGGAAUUGUGUUCCAAAAUCUCAGUGUGACUGCUACCUAAAUGACGAGGUCAUGCAACCAGGCAAACUCAUCCAUAUUGAUGACAAUAAAUGUGUCUGUCGGGAUGGAAUUCUUCUUUGCCAAACUCCCAUUGAUUUAACCCUACAGAAUUGUUCUGGAGGAGCUGAAUUUGUUGACUGCAGGGACCCGAAGGCACAGAGAAGAGUUGAUAGUACCUGUAGUACUCGGAACAUACCUAGUUUUGAUGAGAACUUGCCUUGCAAACGUGGGUGCUACUGUCCAAUAGGCAUGGUUCGAAAUUCUGAAGGGAACUGUGUCUUUCCUGAAGACUGCCCAUGCUCUUUUGGUGGACGGGAGUAUGACCAGGGAAGUGUUACCGCGGUUGGCUGCAACAAAUGUACUUGCAUAAAAGGAUCUUGGAGCUGUACACACAAUGAGUGUCAGACCACCUGCCACAUCUAUGGGGAAGGUCAUGUUAGAACUUUUGAUGGGAAAAGUUACAGCUUUGAUGGUCUCUGCCAGUAUUCAUUUCUUGAGGAUUAUUGUGGUCAUGAAAAUGGCACAUUCCGUAUCUUAACUGAAAGCGUCCCAUGCUGUGAAAACGGGCUUACAUGCUCAAGAAAAAUCAUAGUUGCUUUUCAGGAUCAGAAUGUUGUUUUGCAUGAUGGUAAAGUAACAGCAGCCAAAACCACAGAAAGUAAGGAAUGUGAUAUCAAUAGAAAUACAUAUUCUGUACAUACCGUUGGCCUGUACUUGAUUCUGAAAUUUUUAAGUGGAAUAACCAUAAUUUGGGACAAGAAUACAAGAGUUUCUGUUAUACUGGAUCCACGCUGGAAUGGCAAAGUAUGUGGUCUUUGUGGAAAUAACAAUGGUGAUCUCAAGGAUGAUUUCACAACACGAUAUUCAUCAGUAGCCACUGGAGCCCUGGAAUUUGGAAAUAGCUGGAAAACCAGUCAAGAAUGUUCAGAUACAGUAGCUCAAGCUUUCCCAUGUGACUCAAACCCAUACUGUAAGACCUGGGCUAUGCGGAAAUGUGAGAUCAUCCGGGACAGCACCUUCAGAGACUGCCACAACAAGGUGGACCCCAGUGCCUACUACGAUGCAUGCGUUGAAGAAGCCUGUGCGUGUGACAUGGAGGGGAAGUACCUGGGAUUCUGCACAGCUGUGGCCAUGUACGCAGAGGCGUGCAGUGCCGUUGGAGUCUGUGUCACGUGGAGAAAACCAGAGCUGUGCCCUGUCUACUGUGAUUAUUAUAAUGCCCCUGGGGAAUGCAGUUGGCACUAUGAACCUUGUGGUACAGUGACUGCAAAAACAUGCAAAGAUCGAGUUAUUGGCCAGAAAUUUUCUGCACUUUUAGAAGGUUGUUAUGCUAAGUGUCCAGAUAGCUCUCCUUAUCUGGAUGAGAACACCAUGAAAUGCGUCAGUUUAUCUGAGUGCAGCUGCUUCUAUAAUGAUGUCAUACCAGCAGGUGGAGUGAUUCAGGAUAACUGUGGAAGAACAUGCUAUUGCAUCGCAGGAGAGUUGGAGUGCAGUGUUUCAACUACAACAGCUACCUCCAUAUUAAGCACCGAAUCAGCAAUUACAUUGGUAACCAGGAGCUCAGGUGCAGCAACGUCCAUUCCAGUGACUACAACAUCAAGCAGCAAAACAAUAGGGACAACUCUAAGUCUUCUGAGUGAACCUUUUACUACAGGUGUUAUUGGAACUCCAGUUCCCAUGACCUUCAGUGCUGGCAGCGCAGGCACGACUGCAGCGUUCCCCGCCUCCACCAGCCCGGGGCGCAUGGCAGGGACAACAGGAGCCUCAGCAAGAACGACUAUAGGAACUGAAGGUGGAGGCACAAGUGACACGAGCUUCAGAGUAGGAGGAACAGGUGGCCCUACUGCACCAACAAGAAGAGGUGAAGACAGCACAUCCAGGGAACCAAGCACAAGGGUGACAAGCCCGGAGAAAUCAGGCAAGUCAAAAUAUGCAUUUUAGUGCCUCUUAAGUGCACUGAAUAUAUCACAGUUUGAACUAAAGAUUAAGCUCUACAUGGGGCACCUCAGUGGCUCAGUCGGUUAACCAUCUUA